UAAGAAUCUGUUAUUUAUAUAACCCUUUUCUUUUAGAAGGAGCAAUCCUUUACUUUAAAAUAAAGUGUACAUAGCAACAGUUUAUUAGAUUAAAACUAUAUUCCUAUAAACAGAAAUCAAAAUUCUAUAUAGAAACCCUCUGGUGUCAAUUAAAUAUCACUCGCCUUUGAUCAUAUAAAAUCCCUACCCUAGUCAUCAUAGGCAAUACUGCUAGUGCUAAACUAUAAUGCAGUAUCUCUUCAAAACCAUUCAUCACCAGAUUUACCAUCACAAUCUCACUGCACUACCUCCACUACCGCUGUCCCCAUUUCCAUCCCCGUUGCUAUCCCCAUCACCAUCAUCUUCAAUUCCUACUGGGACCCACAAGAUGGCGUUCCACACGGCAUUUUACUGGGGCAAAGCACAUCAGAUUCUGUUCCCUGGCUGGCCUGGUACAAGUACUGGUAUGUAUGUUGUGGCUGUGUUGUUGGUCUUCUCCCUAGCCAUUUUGGUAGAAUGUCUCGCCUAUUGCCAUAUCAUUAAACCCGGCCCAAACCAAGUUGCAGCCUGCUUUUUUAGAACCGGGAUGCGAGCUAUCCGAGCUGGGAUGGCUUACAUGGUAAUAUUGGCUGUUAUGUCUUACAAUGGCGGUAUAUUCAUAGCAGCCGUUGUUGGACAUACGAUAGGGUAUUUAAUUUUUGGAAGUGGGCUUUAUUUGAAGUCUGAUGGGCGUCUGUUAUCGAAUUUUGGAAUUGGGCAUUCCAAAAUAUGAUGCAUUCUUUGUUCUUGUGUUUGUGUUGAACACUUGAAUUGUUAAGUUUGGAGCUUUACGCUGCAUUUGUCAGCAGAUUUUUUUUUUAUUUUUUUUUUUUCCUUUGGGUGAAUUAGUGAUGGUAAAACCAAAAUUGCGAAUAAUUUGUGAUUACUUGGGAAGUAAAGUAAAAUUGCAAUGCAACUCCUGAUGAAUAAUGAACAAACUCACGCUGAUGAAUGCCGCAGUGUCAAGUAAUCAAAAUCACUAGAACCGGUUUACAUUCAGCUCUGAUUAUAUUAUCUACUUCGUAAUUUCUAAUUAUUGAAAAGCAUCACAUCAUAUGACAUAACAUUACACUAAAUCAUAUUAUAAUAUCUGAAUUUGUAAUAGUACUAAGAUAGCUUGGCACGAAAGAAAAAUGAUAUAGAUUUAUAGUCUUUAGCAAAUCAUAAUUUGUAUAAUUAACAACAAAUAAUGGCAAAACUGUAUCUGUUAGUAUUAUUUUCUAAUGCCUGCAUCAUGCAGUCACGUCUAUGACAUUUGAUUUGGAAUAUAAGUUAGAUAAAGAACUCACCCCAUUCACUGAAUUUAUAUUGGCCGUAACAUCUAGAUUAGAUGCAACCAAUUAUAGACAACUCCCUCUCAACCUUCCCCAAAAAAACAAAAGAUAAAAACUAAAAUAAAUUUGAAUUGAUUAAAAACAAUAAAAGAAGAGAGAAUCUGAUUCUGCUUGACAAUAAUUUUUUAAAUGCAUAUAACAUACCACCUUCUAACACAAAGUAUAUCAGAUGUGAUUCUCUGUUCCUUCUAUAUCCUUCUGUUUGGUUGAUGGAUUAGGGUAAAAAAAAAUAAAUAAAUAAAAAAAAAAAAAAACAGACACACACUUGAUUUCGGUUUCAUUAUAUACUUGCAUUGUAAUUUACCUGAUUAGAGGUCACAACCUUUGAUAUGUUGCCCGUGUUAAGUAAAUAUAGGUUCUCAAACCAUAAGGAAACUCCGUACAAAGGCUAGUCAAUGAACAUGUUAUCCAAAAGUAAAUCACAAUUUUGUGCUUGAUAAAGUUUUAUUCCCUUUGUCAAAUUAUUAUCGAAGUUGAAUUAUGUUAAAAUCACUAAUUUUAUUGUAUGCUAUUUCAUAAGGUGAAAAGUACAAGCCUUACCGACCUACCAAUACUCAAACAUGACUUUGGAAAACGAAGGUGGGAAUCGAACUUCUGUUGAGUUUUUUAUUUUUGGAUUAAAUUUUUCGAGUAGUGCGGUGCUCUCCCUUUAUUCCUUUAUUUUAUUACCCACAUUUCAUGGUACAAUUUGCAUACACCUAAAAAGUAAAUUCGAUCCUUAGAAGGUGCUGGUAGGUUCCACGGCAAGGACAAGAUCCUUAAUUAUCCAUCACAACUUGCAAAUAACGCAUACAAAACAUGAUCUUAAAUUCUUAAUAACCCAUUUUUCUCAUUAUUUUUCCCUAUAUAUAACCCUAUUUGUCUGCAGCAAACAAUCCAACUUGUGUGCGAAAUUCAACUCAAUAUCAAAUUUGAUCUCAAAGUUCUAAGCUUUAAAACCCUAACCCAUAAAAAUGCAAUCCAUGAUGCCAUAUCAACGCGGCUUCUUUGGCCGCCCUCUAGAAGUGUUUGAUCCUUUCUCCCUUUACUUUUGGGAUGACUUUCCCUUCGACUUCCCAGCCUUCCGAGCACCACCACUCAUGCCUCCUCCACGGCCACUACUACCGGAAAUGAGGGGAAUGGUGCCUAGGACUAAGAUUGAGUACAAGGAAACCCCCGAAGCUCAUCACUUCAAGGCUGAGCUUCCGGGGGUGAGAAAAGAGGAUGUGAAGGUGAAACUAGAGGAGGGUGGGAGGAUGAUCCAUGUCAGUGCCAAAUCGAAGCGUGAGAAUGAGGAAAAGAAAGACAAUUAUCAUCAUGUAGAGCGCGGUUAUGGAGAGUUUAUGAGUAAGUUCACGUUACCUCCUAAUGCCAAACCCGAGCAUAUGAGGAGCUCUGUGGAUAACAAUGGAGUGCUCACCAUCACUAUUCCUAAGGAGAAAAUACAGCAAUCCAAUUACCAGUAACCUACUCCACUUUGUACCAUGUUGGAGUAUAAUGCUUUAAAUUAAUGCAUGCAUGUCAAGUAUUUAUGUUAUUAGUACCAUGACAUGCCAUUGAAUGAUACGUUAUAUAUAACGAAUAAACGCAUAUCUUACAAGCUUCGGAUUAAAGUUGUACACUCCCGUCACUCUGUAUAGUUAAGAGUACCUUCUACUUUUUAAUGAAUAAUGAAUAAUAAAUUUAUUGUGAAAA